AUGCUGGGGUUCUCCCUCUCUCGCCUCCCAGACUUGGACUACGACGGCCACUUCAAGGAGAAAUUCGCCUUAAUCCCAGGCUACUGGUACUACUUCAGCCAGGGGCACUACCGCUACGGCAUGCUCAUCCAUCUCGCCACCGUGUUGCCCGCCGGCAUCCUCAUGGUGUUCCAGUUCACGCCCAUCAUCCGCCACAAGUUCCUCCUGUUCCAUCGCAUCAACGGCUACGUCGUCUCGCUGCUCACCGUGAUCAGCAACCUGGCGGCGUUUGUCAUCAUUCGACACCCGCAGGGCGGAAAUCGGGUCACGAGCCACGCCGUCGAGACGCUCAUGGGCAUCAUAACAACCGUCGGGGUCGUCCUGGCUGUGUACAACGCCCGUCGAAAACAGAUCGACCAGCACCGGGCUUGGAUGCUGCGCACCAUGUUUUACAUGGGGGUCACCAUCACUGCCCGUCUCAUCAACCUCGCUGCCACUCCCAUCAUCUCACGCAUCGGGAACUACUGGUCCGUCUGGAUGUGCGACGAGAUCAGUUUCCUCUACACCAAUGUCGGCCUGGAGUUUCCCAGGGACGGGUACCCGGACUGCUUCUUGCCGGACGGAUCCCUGGAUCGUUGGAAGCGCGUUGCUGUCAGCGCACAAGAAAAUCCGGAAAGGUUGGAGCAACUGGGCGCAGGUGUCGUUAUCACUUUCGGAACCAUGCUGUGGAUCUGUCUUUUCCUUCACGUGAUCGGUGUGGAGGUAUAUCUCCGGAUGACCCCUAGGGAGUCGGAACGGCUCCGUCGUGUGAGCUACGAGAAACAGCUAGAAGCCGGAUACCGCAACCCUGGAAGCGCCGGUCUCGUUUUGGAUCGAUGGGCAGAUGCGGACCCUUGGACUCCUCCCUCGAAAUAGGAGGCUCAAGAACGGGACAGCUGGCAGGACAGCGAGAUGCACUACCCCGUGGUCAGUUGAAGGAGGUCAAAAUAUAAGACCCACCGCGGUGGAGUCCCAGGGCCUCGCACGGAGUAGUGAUCUGCAAGCCACAUGCAAGGACGGGAUCCAAAAAUGAAACCGGUGGGAACACAUCAAAUACGAAAGUACCUAAGUAAC